CUGGCGCUCGUUGCUGUUGAUCUCUGGGUUCACGGGCCCGUGAUCAGCACCGUUAGACCCUCCGCUCAGCUGUGGGCAGGUCGAUGGAGACCCACAGCUGGUGACAGCGUCGUAUAUUGGAGAUAUAUCCUAGUAUAUUUUAUACCCCUCGACCACUCGGAUAGAGAUGUCCACACAGAGUUACUCCAAUCCGAACUCGUCCGUGAAUAAUUACGGCAUGAAUUCAACACAAAACGGAGGCGGAGCGGCGGGGAUAGCGGCGCCCUGUCAGAACGGUCCGGGACAGACGUACCCUGCCAUGUAUCCAGCUCCCAGCUACCAUAGUUCUCUGCCCGCGGCUUACCCCACCGUGUCGGGACACAGUGCUUCUCCUGCCGGCAAAACCCCAGUUUCGAGCACAGGGUAUAGUGGGAACUACUACCAGAACAGCUCAGGGCUGUCACCAUGUCCAGCACCACCACCAAGAACGCAUCAGUACUCCACCUCAACCGCCCCGGGACAGUCAUUCCAGCAGACUGCACCGUACACUAUGCCAGCCGGAUAUUACAGACAGACAUCUAGUCACCCCUCACAGGGGCAAACUCAGCCCCAACCUCAGCAGCUGCAGCCCAGCUUGGUGCCAGCAUCCAGUGUUAACAACCUCUGCGCCCCGCUGUACCCCAUCGUUUCUUACCCAUCAGCCCCUGGGAGCAGCCAGUACGGCACACUGAGAUCCUCCCAAACCGCCGCUGAGCAGCUACCCGUUUCUACAGUAAUGCCACCGACCCAGAGUUCUUUGCAACAGUAUUCUCAAGGGAUCGGGACCACGCCCACACCAGCUCACCCGGGCUAUGGAGCUCCGCCUCUCAGCCAAACAGCCACUGUCAACGGCCAAUCAAAUGCAGUUCAACAACACUAUGACCAAAACCUCCACAAUCCCAUGAGCCAUCAUUACUCCGCAGCCCCUCCCAGCUCACAGGGCCCUGAUAAAGAGAGGCCGCCCUCAGGAACGCCAGGCACCUCUGUGCAUUCCUCGCCACGACACCAUCCAGGGCUGCUGUAUGGUGACCGUGGGGUGAAUAACGCUGUUAGCUCGGCCGCGGGCGAUCACUCCUCAUCCAGUUCUGACCAUGAGGAAGAGGAUGAGGAGGAUGAGGAAGCAGGUGGAGACAGCUCAUCGACAACAACAGGCAGCGCCUCUCCGGUUCCCAACAGUUAUGAGUCUCUAGAGGGCGGUGGUUAUUCGGGUACAUCCUUACAAUGCUCACUAAGACAUCUCCAUGCCAGAUCAACCCUUGAAUGAUUUGCUAACACACGUUCAUCUGGGCUUUCUCUCUUUCUUCAAUCAGAUCUUGCAGCUCCUCCAACUAGUGUUCCUGCCAAACAAGCUCCACCCUUCGGAUACAAUUAUCCAACCAUGCAUCCUGGUUACCAACAAAACCCCGCCCCCAGGCCAGACUCCUCCCCGUCUCAAGGAGGGUACAACCCACCAGGAUACCAGCCGUACUCCCAGCCUUUCCCAUCUCUUUCUGAGCUGUCGUCAGUGUUAGGAGGCCUCGGCGGCGUUCCUGAACUGGAGGUUGAAAGCUUGAGACCUGUGAAUCUACUCCAGGAGAGAAACAUCCUUCCUCCCAAACGCACACCUCCACCUGAGCCCAACCUGAGCAGCGACCUGCGCAAGGUCAACUGCAGCCCCGACACUUUUCGCUGUACACUCACUAACAUUCCCCAGACUCAAGCGCUGUUGAAUAAAGCUCGUCUGCCUCUUGGAUUACUGCUGCAUCCCUUCAGAGAUUUAACGCAGUUACCAGUCAUCACCUCUAACACUAUAGUUCGUUGUCGUUCAUGUCGGACAUAUAUAAACCCUUUUGUUUCGUUUCUGGAUCAGCGCAGGUGGAAGUGUAAUCUGUGUUACAGAGUCAAUGAUGUCCCUGAUGAGUUCAUGUAUAAUCCUGUAACUCGUUCAUACGGUGAGCCUCACAAGAGACCAGAGGUCCAGAAUUCAACUGUGGAGUUCAUCGCCUCUUCUGAUUACAUGCUUCGGCCUCCUCAGCCUGCUGUGUACCUGUUCGUGUUGGAUGUGUCUCAUAAUGCUGUGGAGUCGGGCUACUUGAAUGUGUUUUGCCAGUCAUUUCUGGACAACCUAGAAAAGUUGCCCGGAGAUACUCGUACACGUAUCGGGUUUGUGACGUUUGACAGCACCGUCCACUUCUAUAACCUGCAGGAGGGUCUUUCUCAGCCUCAGAUGCUGGUGGUGUCUGAUAUUGAUGGUAAUCCUAGCCCCACGCGUGACACAUGCAAAGUGUGUCUGUGCAUGUGCUCGCAGCUGGUGAAGGACCUGCUGAAUGCGCUGCCCGGGAUGUUCACAUAUCGCACAUCGCGUGACUCCCCCGCGCGCUUGGUUCCGGCUCUGCAGGCGGCGUAUAAAAUCCUGUGCCCGACAGGAGGCCGGGUGUCUGUGUUUCAGACCCAGCUGCCCACCCUCGGCGCUGGACUCCUGCAGUCACGGGAAGACCCCAACCUCAGAUCCAGCACCAAGAAUGUCCAGCACUUGGGUCCUGCUACAGACUUUUACAAGAAACUGGCUCUGGACUGUUCUGGACAGCAGAUCGGAGUGGAUCUGUUCUUACUGAGCUCCCAGUACUCAGACCUGGCUUCUUUAGCAUGUGUGUCCAAAUACUCAGCCGGCAGUGUCUUUUACUACCCGUCCUUCCAUCAUGUUCACAAUACUGCGCAGAGCCAGAAAUUCCAGAAAGAUCUGCAGCGAUACCUCACCAGAAAGAUCGGAUUUGAAGCCGUCAUGAGGAUCAGAUGCACUAAAGGCUUGUCCAUCCACACUUUCCAUGGCAACUUCUUUGUGCGCUCUACUGAUUUGCUCUCUUUGGCCAACGUGAACCCGGACUCUGGUUUCGCUGUGCAGAUGUCCAUCGAGGAGAGUUUAGCUGAUACGUCACUUGCUUGUUUUCAGGCGGCUCUUCUUUACACGUCAAGCAAAGGUAAACGUCGAAUCCGAGUGCACACUCUGUGUCUGCCGGUGGUCAGUCAGUUGAGUGAAGUGUUUGCUGGAGCCGAUAUCCAGGCCAUCACAUGCCUGCUGGCAAACAUGGCUAUCGAUCGCUCCAUCUCCUCCAGUUUGUCUGACGCGAGAGACGCAUUAGUUAAUGCCGUGGUGGAUUGUUUAACAGCGUAUCGUGCUAACGGCUCAAACAUCCAGCCCUCCGGCCUGAUCACCCCUGCCGCCCUCCGUCUCUUCCCUCUAUAUGUACUUGCUCUGCUCAAACAGAAAGCUCUGCGGACUGGCACCAGCACCCGUCUGGAUGAGCGAGUGUUUUCCAUGUGUGAGCUGAAGAGUCAGCCGCUGUAUCAGAUCAUGCGCAUGGUUCAUCCAGACCUGUACCGCAUCGACAACAUGACCGAACAGGCGGCGCUGCAUCUGAAUGACUCUGUGAUUCCUCAGCCUCCCUUACUGCAGCUCACUGCAGAGAAACUCACUAGAGAGGGAGCCUUCCUCAUGGACUGUGGCAGCGUGAUGUAUUUGUGGUUGGGGAAGUGCUGUAAUGAGACAUUCAUACGGGACGUGUUGGGCUACCCCAAUUAUGCAUCCUUACCCUCCAACAUGACUGAGAUCCCUGAGCUGCAGACGAUGUAUUCAGAGCGAACUCGAGCGUUCAUUUCCUGGCUGCUGGAGUCUAGAACCUUCCAUCCUGCUUUUCAUGUGGUCAAGGACGACGGCUCGGCCAAGACCAGUUUUUUCCAGCACCUCGUGGAGGACCGCACUGAAUCUGCCUUCUCUUAUUAUGAGUUCUUGCUUCACGUUCAGCAGCAGAUGUCGAAGUAGAAUGGAAGAACCCCAUAGAACCGGCCCCAGACUGAAGGAUAGCUUCUGUUCCGCAGCUCAACUUUAGAAAGGGAGCUCUUUGAUUGGACCGCAGAGAGGCAGAGACACGCCCCCUUGCCCCACAGGCCAAUCACAGCCUGUGGCCCGUCUGGGGCGAGGGGGGGCGGGGUUUAUUUAAAGACAAUUAAAGGAUAAUAGAAGUUAGAAAGUCAGUGAUUAAUGGACUAUUAUGGUAAAAAAAGAGCGCAGAGGACAAAGAUGAAAUGUUGUGGACUUGACUUGCACAUAGAGACACUGAACAAGCUGUUUUCAAUCAUUCCCAUCUGCUUACUCCCCUUUCAUAUUUAGCCAUUAACAUGAGUACCCAGAUGCAGCGAAAAACAUUUUCUGUUUAUUUUCCUGUGUUUCACACUGAAUUAUUGUGUUUGUUUUCAUUGUCAAUCAUUGUAAGCAUGUAUUUGGGUUUAUUAAUACAAGCAAAACUCAGAGCUCUUUGUUUCAUAUUAUUAAUCACUGCGAAACAUCCACUCAUGCACACUUUGUACUGUUAUAUGUUUUCUUUAUUUGCUCCUUUUGUUCCCCUCCUGUCUCUUCCCCUCUCCCAAUGCCUCCUCUCCUUAUGUAAUGUGAAAGCGUGUCUGUCGUGAUGGUGUAAUAAUUCAUCUGUCUUCAUCCAGCAUCGACUCAACAGUGGCUGCUCGAACUCUCCUCUCGUCUUCUCAGCAUCAGCUGCUUGAAACUGUUUAAUGAAGCUACGACGUCCCUGGCUAACAAUGCAUUGUUUUCUUUGAGAAAACCGAUCAGGCCACCAACAAAUGUUGCUAUCCACUUUGUAACUCAACACAAAAAAAUAUUUUAAUGUGCUAUAAUUUAUGACAAGCUUAUUGAAUAAAAUGAAAUGACAAUUCUA